AUGAGGCUACGGGAGACUCUCUCCAUCUACAUGACCACACUGCUGAUCAUCGUGGUAAUCCUGGUGUUGUCGUUCAACCCCAUUACCCCCAGACAGAGUCCUUUCCCCUACCAAGUACCCUUGGAUCCUCAGGGACUGGCAAAGCUGGCCUGGAACAUCAGCUAUUCCCAGGAAGCCGUGUAUUUUUGCCUCUUGAUCAGGGAGCUGAAGUUUGGGAUGCUGUUUGGGAUGUCAGACCGAGGAGACAUUAGGAAUGCAGACCUGGCCAUCCUGUGGAGUGACGGCCAAAACUCCUAUUUCGGGGAUGCCUGGACUGAUGAAGAGGCACAGAUUCACUUGGACACACAGCAGGAUUACCAGUUGAUUGAUGCUCACCAAUCUAACCAAGGAUUUUACCUCACCUUCAAGAGACUCUUCAACACCUGUGACAAAAGAGACUAUGUCAUUGAGGGAGGAACAGUCCACCUGCUGUACGGAUUCCUUGAGCGGCCAGUGGCAUCCGUGGAAACAAUAGACCUGAGGUCAGUGGCCAGGGGCAUACAGAGGGUGCAGCUCCUGAAACCCGACAUCCACACCCCUGCACUGCCCUCAGAUGUUAAAGUGUUAGAAGUCCUUGCCCCCAAUGUCACAAUUCCUGACCAGGAAACAACCUACUGGUGCCACAUCAGCCAUCUGCCUGGCAACUUUCCCACACAUCAUAUCGUCAUGUACGAGCCAGUGAUUUCAAAAGGCAAUGAAGCCAUCGUACAUCACAUGGAGGUAUUCCAAUGUGCACCGCAGUUUGACCAGAUCCCAGCGUAUAAUGGGCCCUGCGACUCUAAGAUGAAACCUGCAACGCUGAAUUACUGCAGACACGUGCUGGCAGCGUGGGCGAUGGGCGCUCAGGCAUUUUAUUACCCAAAAGAUGUCGGACUUCUCAUUGGUGGAGAAAAUUCCUCAAAAUAUUUGAGACUGGAAGUGCAUUAUCAUAAUCCUCUGAAACUCUCUGGACGGUUGGAUCAGUCCGGGAUUCGUCUGUUCUAUACACCUACCUUAAGGAAGUUCAACGCAGGAAUCAUGGAACUGGGACUGGUGUACACACCCAUUAUGGCAAUCCCACCGGGUGAAGCAAGCUUUGUGCUCAGUGGAUACUGUACGGCAAAGUGUACUGAACAUACACUGCCUCAGUCUGGGAUCCGGAUCUUUGCCUCACAACUCCACACCCACCUUGCUGGCACAAAGGUGAAAACUGUCCUUGUCCAGGAUGGGGUUGAGAUGGACAUUGUGAAUGCUGAUGGACAUUACAGCACUCACUUUCAGGAAAUUCGUAUGUUGCAGAAAGAGAUCACUGUGCUACCCGGGGAUGUUCUGAUAACUUCCUGCACAUACAACACUGAGGACCGAAGUCAUGUGACUGUGGGAGGAUUCGGAAUCAAUGAAGAAAUGUGUGUGAACUACGUGCACUAUUACCCUCAGACACAGCUGGAGUUGUGCAAGAGUGUUGUGGAUCUCAGCUACCUGCAGAAGUAUUUCACCUUCAUCAACAGGAUGGAAGAUGAUGGGAUCUGUACCUGCCCCCAAGUGUCUGUAACACAGCAGUUCAACGCUGUGACCUGGAGCCCUUUCAGUCGCCAAGUACUGCGGGCUGUGUAUGAUUCUGCUCCCAUCUCAGUGCAUUGCAACAAGUCUUCUGCUGUGCGUUUCCCGGGUGACUGGGACAAACAACCUCUCCCACAAGUGACCAGGGUGCUGCCAGAAACGCCAGAUCGCUGUUGGAGAAUGAGCCACUUGGAGCCCGGAGAACCCACAGUGGUCGAUUUCUCUGCCAGAGAACCAGGACAGUGAGGCUCGGCCGUUUAUUGGUUCCUCGCAUUAGCCGUGAUGUCACCAGAUUGAUUGGAAGCAGAAACUGGUGAAGGGAGUGUCUGGGGCAGUGACACAAAGCUGAUAAUUCCUAAAGUCUCACCUGCAAGGGUCUUGUUUGUAACAGUGUCCUGUGGCCUCUGUAUGCUGCCUGUUGAUUGA